UUCAAGGCUCAGGUCUGAAAGGUGCAGACUCCUUGCUUUCCCAAGGAUUAGUCAAGGGGAGUGGAUGAGAGCAAUCUGGCACAAGAUUAUUCUCCGUGAGAAGACAUGAAAGAAUAUGUGUUACUUCUCUUCUUGGGUUUGUGCUCUGCUAAACAUUUCAUUGGCCUUUCACACUUUACAUUAAAGCAUAUGAUGCUGCAAGAUAUGGAAGAUGAAAAUGAUGAUAACUCUUUAUUUCCAACUGGAAGACCAAUUCUGCCAGAAGUUCCUUUUGAUAUGUUUCCAGUAUGUCCCUUUGGAUGUCAGUGUUAUAUGAGAGUUGUCCACUGCUCUGACCUUGGUUUGACUUCAAUACCAAGCAAUAUUCCAGCUGAUACUCGCAUGAUAGACCUUCAAAACAACAAAAUUAAAGAGGUCAAGGAAAAUGAUCUCAAAGGACUCACAUCACUUUAUGCAUUGGCUUUGAACAACAACAAAAUAUCUAAGAUCCACCCAAAAGCCUUUCAAUCAACAAAGAAGUUGCGACGGCUGUACUUGUCCCAUAACCAGCUAACGGAGAUCCCAGCAAAUCUGCCAAAAUAUUUAGCAGAGCUACGGAUUCAUGAUAAUAAGGUUAAGAAAGUACAAAAGGAAGUAUUUCAAGGAAUGAAGGCUUUACAUGUUUUGGAAAUGAGCGCAAAUCCUCUGGACAAUGAUGGAAUAGAACCAGGUUCUUUUGAAGGCGUGACAGUCUAUCACAUCAGAAUUGCAGAAGCUAAACUGACCUCAGUUCCCAAAGGGCUACCAUCUUCUUUACUAGAGCUUCAUCUAGAUGACAACAAAAUUACUGCAGUUGAACUUGAGGAUUUUAUUCGGUACAAAGAUCUUCAGAGGUUGGGACUGGGAAACAAUAAAAUCAAAGAUGUGGAAAAUGGAAGUUUUUCCAGUAUACCAAAUGUACGAGAAAUACAUCUAGAAAACAACAAACUGAAAAAGGUUCCUCUUGGACUACCUGAUCUGAAAUAUCUGCAGGUUGUCUUCCUUCACUCUAAUAAUAUUGCAAAAGUGGGAGUAAAUGAUUUCUGUCCAACAGGAGGAAGCAUGAUGAAGACAUUAUACAGUGGCAUUAGCUUAUUCAACAACCCUGUGAAAUACUGGGAAGUUCAACCUGCAACGUUCCGUUGUAUUUUAGGCAGAAAUAGCGUGCAGCUUGGGAAUUACUGAAAGCGAUACAGAAGUUUGCAUAUUCCAAAACUAUGUUUAAAUAGACAUGUUAUGUUGCUGGUUUUACAAUACUUGAAAUCUAUUGUAAAAGGGCAAUUUUACACCCUUUAACCAGUUUACAAAAUAUUUACACUAAUUUAGAAAUUGUAAACUAGAAACACAAUAUACUUUAGCAGUCCUUUGUUUUAUCUGAUGUUAAACUUACAUUUUUGAGUAAAUUAUGCAAAAACCUUGAUUUUCAAGGAAAGGACGACUCUUGGAAACUGAACUGGAAACUGUACUUUGAUGUUUCCUAUUACAGAUUUUAAAUUGUUUACUUAAAUCUACUUUGUCUGUUUUUUUCCCAAUACAGAAGCAAUGCAAAGCAUUAAGUAAAAA